UCUUCUUCCUCCUCUCUUCCCCUCGAAGCCUCGGGCAUGGAAGACAGCUUGAGCCAUGGAGCCAUAUCUCCAUCCAUCCCCAAGAGAGCCUCCCCCUCAAGAUGGAGCUCUGCGCCCGCUGGCUGUCUCAGUGGAUUAGCCCCCAAGCCCAAGAUCCAUGGGAGGAAGGAUGGAAUCCGUCCUUGUAAGAGAAGAGAGAGGUCUUUGUGUUCAAGGUCGGGCGCAAGGACCGCGGCGGCCCCUGCGCCCGACCUCCUCCCGCGUACGUUAGCGCCGCCGGCCUCGUCGACCGCCCCUGCGCCCGCGUCCCGCCGCCGGACUGGGUGCCCUGGUACAUGGCCCCCGCGUCCUGGUACAUGACGCAUGAGCGCGCUCACCUCACGACGCCCACGGCCACGCCCCCUGCGCCCGCCCUCCUCCUGCCGCCCACGGCGCCCUCAACCGCGACCUCGGAGCCCUGCAACCACAACGGCAUGCUGUUGGGUCCCCGUGUGCAUGCUAGUGAUCUCUCUCUGGCCACAGCACCCGCCACCAGCGUCACUACAGCAGUUUCCUUACCACCUACAGCUAACCCCUUCGGUCCCCGGUUAUCUGCUCAUGGUCUCCUGCCGGCCACAGAGCUCACGAUCACCGACCCUCCACCAGCACUCCGUCCGCUGCCUACGGCAUCUUCUAUCUAUAACCCCAUGGUUAUGGAAAGGAGAAAUCUGGCACUGCUGGAUUCAUUGGCUUUGGAGCUGAUUGAUGGUGAAACGGAAGCUGACGAGCACUCGAUGGAUGAGGACGACGAGUGGGAUCUUAAGGCAGCUUGGUGCAGUGGUGCUUAAGAGGCCAGGUGCAAGGCCAUAAACAAUCCAAAGCAAGCGCAUGAUGAAGCAAGUUCAGCAAACAAUCGGGUUUUUCAGGGAGGGCAAAGAUCUAAGAAACUGAAAGUAAGUUGCAUGCACGUGGUACAGGGAAGUUUGCAACUAUAUCGUGUAUGAAUAACAGAGAGUCGGGGGCCCUUUUCUACCUGAUUUUGUGUUUUGUUACCUGAUCGUCAACGCACAAGAGAGGUUCCAGAGUUCGUGUGCAACAAAGAAUUUGCAGGUCAUUUUGGCUUUGAUUAGCUUUUCGCCUGGGAUGUUAUCUUUCAGGACAGGAACUCCUCCCCCCUAAGGCCAUCAUGGCGUGUUUGCCUAAUCGUAACACAUGGAGAUGUUAUUUUGCGUGUUUUUUUGCUGUGAAUCAGGUAUAUGUGUGGGGGGCCGUAGGGUGUUUGAUGGGGUAAAGUGGGGUUCACGGAGGGGGUGAGGCGUUUUUUGUUGGGGACCAGGGUGUGAGUUUUUUGGGGACAUGAUAAUUGUGGGGGAGGGUAAAACUUAAGCUUUUUUUGCUUGUGGGAAGACCAGCAUGUGAUUUCUUACCACACGAAAUGGUCCGAGCAUCAAACGUUUGCAGGUUCAGGUGGCAAACUGAUAACACGCGGAGCUCAAUCAAAAAUAGUCUUGGUACUGUGCAGUUGAUUUUGGGUUAAAGAACGAAUAGCAUUGCCUAUGCUCUUCCAGAAUUGACUCAAUGGCUGUGACGGAGAGAGGAUAUUCUCCCAGCACCGCGGGGAAGAGGCUGCCGCCAGUGAACGGCGGUGCUGGCCCAUGCAAUUAUGCGAGUUCGUGCGCAGAUUGACCUGCUGCUCCUUCAAUGCUUGAUUUUGUAGCAUCUCCUCUCUCCUUCCCUCCCCACUUUGUUCCUCAGUUAUUCAGUAGUACUAAAGGAUCUGGUUCAAUCGUCGUAUAAUCCAUGGAUGUUUGAUGCUGUGAAACCUUGUCACCCGUAGUGCUUUAUCAAUUUUUGUGAAGAAAUC